AUGGCGGCGCCCGCGCCCUCCAAUCCCGCGCCCUCCCUCGCUGCCCAGCGGCCCUCAACAAACAGGGGUUCCGCGCGCCGCCGCAAGACCGAGACAGUCGCAGCUCUAACGUCCACCGACCUCGCAUCCCCAGGCAGCCUCAACGGCCAUGUCCGACGCGAAGAGGGUAAACCCGCCCGGUCGCGCAAGAAGCCGCGUUCACUCCUGCGACGGCUGAAAAGGCGCGCUACCAAGCAUACCUGGUCGAUCCCUCUAUUGCUGCUGGUCGCAUUCGCCUCGCUCUACGCCCUCGAUCCAACCGAGUCCAACGUGAUCCACCACUUCAUCUUCCUCUCCUACCGAGAGGACCCGGUCCCGGGAGCCACGGGCACACCAGCACAAUACGGCAAGGGCUUAUGGGACAUCGCCUUUGUGGCCUUCUACACAAUCGUGCUAACCUUCACCCGCGAAUUCAUCAUGCAAGAGCUACUUCACCCGCUCGCGCGCGCUGCAGGCAUCAAGUCCCGCGGUAAACAGCUGCGCUUCAUGGAGCAGAUGUAUACGGCCGUGUACUUCGGGAUCUCCGGGCCGGCGGGUCUAUAUGUGAUGCGGCAGACGCCAGUGUGGUAUUUUAAUACGCGGGGCAUGUACGAGCUAUUCCCGCAUCGGACGCACCAGGCUGCGUUCAAGUUUUAUUAUCUCUUUGAGGCGGCGUAUUGGGCGCAGCAGGCGCUUGUGAUGAUUUUGGGGAUGGAGAAGCCGAGGAAGGAUUUUAGGGAGCUUGUUGCGCAUCAUAUUGUUACUUUGGCGUUGAUUGGGUUGAGUUAUCGGUUCCAUUUUACGUAUAUUGGGAUUGCGGUGUAUAUCACGCAUGAUAUCAGUGAUUUUUUCCUUGCGAUCUCCAAGUCCUUCCAUUACAUCGAGUCCGAGCUCGUCAUACCCUUUUACGCCCUCAACGUCGGCACCUGGAUCUAUCUUCGGCAUUACCUCAACCUGCGCAUCCUUUGGUCUCUACUGACCGAGUUCCGCACCGUGGGUCCCUACGAGCUCAACUGGGAAACGCAGCAGUAUAAAUGCUGGAUCUCGAAUAUCAUCACAUUCGCUUUGCUGGCGAUGCUGCAGAGUCUUAACCUCUUCUGGCUGUAUUGCCUCCUGCGCAGUGCGUGGAAGUUUAUUUCGACGGGCGAGAAGAAGGAUGAUCGGUCAGAGGAUGAAUCGGAGGCGGAGGAGGUCUUGAAGGAUCUGAAUGGCCAUGCCAAUGUUAAUGGGAACGGUGUGGCCAAGGGUCAUUGA